UGGCUAGCAGCUAUGUUAGCUGGUAGUGCGCGUCGCUCGCUCUCCCGGCACUGACUCGCACAUGAUACGUACUAUGUGGUGCCGCUUGAACUAAGUUGAUCACUUCGUUGUUAAAAGAAGUUAGCUGAAGUUUCCUCGGAGGAAUACUAUAUUUUCGGGGGUUGAGAAAUACUCGCGAGUGAUCCUCAGGAUGCCGAUGUUAUCGUAGAAUUUGAAUGGCCGAUGGAGCUGAGAGUGUGAAGGAAACCUCUUGGCGUCUCCAGCCAUGUCGAUUGCAGAAGAACGUCUGGGACUUUUGCUCCUCACAGGAUGCGGCGUCUGUGCUAAUGACAUCUGCCCCGACCGAAUGCGGUUGAGGAGAGGGAGAGAGGCGGAUGCAGUGAGGGAAGAGAGGGGGAAGGCAAAAGUGGAAUUAGGUGAAUGGGACGCCCGUUCCAGACUUUGCUGUUUAGUGUCUGGAAAGAAGCGGAAGAGGAGAGAAUGCGGGGGAAAGAGAAGGAGGAGGGAGGAGGAGGAGGUGGAGGAGAAGGAGAAAGGUAGGUAUGGGCGAAAUCUCCCCCGCGCUCCCUUCCUCGUCCGGGCAAUAUCUCGUGAGGUGCUCUAAGUGUCGUUGUGGGUCGUUGGCGGAGAAAUGCGGCGGUCGUGACUCCCCGACGGAAUUGCCAGUAAACGACCGCCUCCGCGCCAACUAUUCCGCGGGGCGGACGGGCCGCCUGAUGAAAAGAAAGCUGAUGGCGGCCGAUUGCGGCGGUUUUUACGACUUCCCCCCCACGACGACGCCGUCUGCUGUCCCCAGUGUCGUCGCGAGUCACAUCCCGGCAAAGAAAUGCACAAAGACGCCGUCGCGCGCCUCCAUGAGCCCCAGGAGAAGAAACGUUCCCAACAGACAGAGGAGAUACGUCAAAGACACUUCGGGGAGCUCUCGAGUGUCUCCGGCGGGAGGCGUUGGAGGCGCGAGAAUGACUGGAGGGAGUGUUGGAGGUGGAGGAGUGAUGUCUGGUGGUGGUGUAGGGGGAGGAGGGCAGUUGGGAAUAGCAGUGACUGUGUUGGCGCUGGUCGUGUCUUCCUGUCAUGGAUUCCCCACUCGGUCGACGCACCCGCAUCCGCACAAAUCCACAGAUAGAGAUCACUUCGCACUAUCCACCACGAAGAGACCCCCUGUGGAUUGCCCCGCGGUGCCCCCAUACCCCCUUCGCCAGACUGUCGAAAUCGUCACCAUCCUCAGUCUUAGCAGGUUCCAAUUGGUCUUUAUGCUGCGGAGGGGGAAGUGGGGCCGGAAAUACAGGAGGAGGGGGAGGAGGAGGAGGAGGACCAAGCGGCGGCCCGAAACUGACCGGCGUCCAGUCUGGGAACGUGACGGUCAUCCGGACGUCAGCCACAUCAGUCUGCGUGACGUGGUCACGUCACGGCCACGGGGGCAAGAGCUUCAAGUAUGAGGUCACAUAUAAACCCAUUAAUGCCAAGUACAGAGUCGUCGCCGAGGUAACCUCGCCCCAUCGAAGUCUCGUCCUGGAGCGGCUGUUGCCACUCACUCAGUACCAGCUCCAAGUAACGACCUUCCUGAACGACACAAUCCUAUGGAGCUCACCCGUGGUCACCUUUCACACGACCAGAGACGACAUCCUCACAGAGAACGGGACGGGAAUUCUGAUCAGCACGCCCCCAGUUUUGGAUCGAUUUUGUAGCAGCAUCGGCAGCCCCAACGGCUCCACCAGUCCGAUCCAGCAGGAGGGACACGUCAGGGUAAGGGCGGAGGAGGUGGGCAUCGUUCUACUCGUCCUGGCUGUCUGGAUGUUCGCCAUCGCAUUGUUCUUUAAUAGAUGGGGCAAAAUCCGGAUGCUCGAGCCCUACCAAGAGCCGUACAAGGAAGCCCCACCGAUGCAGCAUCGGCCAUCAUGCCCCAUGGCUGAUCCGUGCUCCCUCCCAAUCAACCCAUUAAAGUUCGAGCACAACGGAAGCCGAAGGCCGCGCCAAAACUCCGUCUUCGUCGGGCGGACGCGGUCCCAUAGUCUGGAGGUCCAUCCGCCCCGCAGGGUGAAGAGCGCCCUCAACCUCACGACCCUCGUCCUGCAGGAGAGCGAAGAAGAGUCGGGCAUCGCCACGACCUUCACCUAAAUUGCGCUGAUCGUAGUAGAAGAAAAGAGUUUUGUAUGUAAUGAUGUACGUACGUGCGUGUUCAUUUAGACGGACAAGUUCUCGUUUCUCCAUAAUCAUUAUUGACAUUAGUGGGUGUGUGUGGCCCACUCAUACCAAAAGCCAAAACGCCUACCAAUCGAUCAAAAUAGUCUUUUGCUUUGGAUUAGAUGAAUAUUGACUUCGAUUAUUUCUAUAUAACAUAUAGAUAUGACGCUAUUUUCCGAUGAUGUCUUUGGAAAUAUGAAAAAAAGUGAUAGUAGAGAUAGCUUAGAAAUGACUAGACAACACGCUAUCAGUUACUGGUUUUCACGUUUCUAUGCUAUGACUAUUUUGUUGUUACUGGGGCAUAACAAAUAUAUAUAUAUAUAUAUAUAUAUAUAUAUAUAUA